AGCACUGCAUCCUGCCUCUAGUCCCGCCUACCCGGAGGAGGAUCGUAGUGCUGCCUGAUCUGAGCCCUCACUCCUCACCACAUUGUGGAGCACCCAGCCGCACACUCACGCAUACACACGCAUACACACACACAGGCACAAUUACUUCCACUCACGCAUUCAUACUCGCACAGGCAAGUGGAAAGACAAGGAGGCAGCAGGAAAAGAACGCAUCAGCCAGAUGCUGGAGAGAAAAAGCACUGUGUGGACUUGUAUCUGGGUUCAGGAUAGUACUGGAUUUCCCUUUUAGAGGAGUUUGUGCUGCUUCUUCUGGUGCUCAAAACCGGACUCCUUGUUCCCUGUGAUCAGAUUCAGCUCUCUCAGCACAGCUACAUCAUCAAUCUGCAUCGCUUCUUUGUGUAUCAGCCAGAGCAGGACACACCGGAGCAGAUUGUCUUGGAAUAUCUGACAGCCUUAGGAGAGAUCUGACAUUGUGCAGACACAAGAGAACCAAAAACUACAGAAACGGAGACAAAGUCAAGGCAUGAGCAGGAGAAAAGGAGCUUGCAUUCCAUAAGAAGUGAUAUCUGCCACCACCUUCCUUCUUCUUCCAUUACCUCUUUCCCUUUAUUUCGACUGCCCCUUCUUUUUCUGCACAGACCUCUCCUACCCUGCCUUUCUGUUCUUCCUUCAUCUUCUUGUCUGAUCUCCCAUAAGAAGAGCAGGAGGAGAGAGCGGCUCGCACACUGAGAGCGCAACUCCCACACAGUGACAGACAUAAGGACAGCCGGAGGUCCCGUGGCACUCCCCAUCACUCUCUCCAUCCUCUUUUCACUGCCUUUUCUGCACGGAUCUAGCCUCUAGCCCAACAAGCAGAGGCAUUCAGAGUUUUGGAGCGAGCACACAAGUCAGUAUACUGCCACGGCCAGAGGGAUUCCAGCUACAUGGGCAAACGUUUGGAACAGCAACCAAUGUACCCCCAGUACACCUACUACUACCCUCACUAUCUCCAGACUAAGCAGUCCUAUGCCCCUCCCCCUCCGCAGAUGGCUCCACCCAGUCCCAGCACCAAUAGCAGCAGCCAGAGUGCAGUGGAGCAGCUCAGUAAAACCAACUUGUACAUCCGUGGCCUCCCUCCUGGCACCACCGACCAGGACCUCAUCAAACUCUGCCAACCGUAUGGGAAAAUAGUGUCAACAAAGGCAAUCCUUGAUAAAAACACCAACCAGUGCAAAGGUUAUGGCUUUGUGGAUUUUGACAGUCCUGCUGCUGCGCAGAAAGCCGUGGCCUCUCUGAAGGCUAAUGGAGUGCAGGCCCAGAUGGCCAAGCAACAGGAACAGGAUCCCACCAACCUGUACAUCUCCAACCUGCCCGUGUCCAUGGAUGAGCAGGAGCUGGAGAACAUGCUCAAGCCCUUCGGCCAUGUCAUCUCCACACGGAUACUGCGAGAUGCCAGUGGAGUCAGCAGAGGAGUUGGCUUUGCCAGGAUGGAGUCCACUGAGAAAUGUGAUGUGGUGAUUCAGCAUUUCAACGGCAAGUUCCUCAAAACCCCUCCAGGAGUGCCAGCCCCCACAGAGCCACUGCUGUGUAAAUUUGCAGAUGGGGGUCAGAAGAAGAGACAGAGCCAGAGCAAGUAUCCCCAAAACGGCAGACCAUGGCCUCGGGAAGGAGAGAGUGGCAUGGCAUUACCCUACGACCCUGCCGCAAUGCAGAAUGGGUUCUACUCCUCUCCAUACAGUAUCUCCACCAACCGCAUGAUCGCCCAGACAUCAAUCACACCAUUCAUCGCUGCCUCUCCAGUUUCCACAUAUCAGGUGCAGAGUACGUCCUGGAUGCCUCACCAGCAGUAUGUUAUGCAACCUACUGGUGCUGUGAUUACGCCAGCCAUGGACCACACCAUAUCCAUGCAGCCAGCCAACAUGAUGGGGCCCCUCACCCAGCAGAUGAACCAUCUGUCCCUCGGCACCACUGGCACUUACAUGACAGCGGCAGCUGCUGCGGCUCCUAUGCAGGGAACCUACAUUCCCCAGUACACUGCGGUGCCUGCCUCAGCCAUCUCAGUGGAGGGUGUGGUGACAGAGGCUUCUCCGCAGAGCGUUCCUCCCUCUUCCCAGGAUGCCAGCGGGCAGCAGCAGCCCCUCUGUGUGGAUGGUACAGCUGAUCACACACCCACCUACUCCUACCAGCCUGCUAAAUAACAAGAGGAGGAGGAGGUGUUUGGGUGACUGCGUUGCCUUGAGAUUGGGGGACUGUGCUGAGGACAAAAAGAAAAACUGAGCAGAAGAUGUUUGGGUCCACCUUUGCACAAGCACCAAACAAAAGAGAUAAUUUAUCAGACAUCUGCGCAGAGCAAGAGAAGCCAGUGAAAGCCUACAUCACGGUCAGAGAAGAGAGAGAGAGAUAUGCAGUUGUGGCGUUAGAGUUUAUUGGGUAUUUACAACUUUACAAGACAUUUUUCUUCAUGAAGUGUUGAAUUUCAAGUACAAAGUACAAAGUUUUCCAGUUCUUUUUUGAAUGUGCAGGUAGGUUUUCAGCUAUGGUGAGUUUUCUAUUAGAGGAAGCAUACGAGAGAGUGUGAGAGAGAGAGAGAGAGAGAGAGAGAGAGAGAGAGAGAGAGAGAGAGAGAGAGAGAGAGGGAGUGAGGGAGGGAGAAAGAGAGAGAGAGAGAGAGAGAGAGAGAGAGAGAGAGAGAGCAGGAAAAGAAGUCUUCCUCAGAUUCUAAGCUACUUCUUUUACUUUUGAUUUUUUAUGUUAUAUUUUAGUUUUCUAGAGAAUAUCAAUGUUAUCAUCUUUGUUGCCUUAAUUUUGAGAAACGUCUAAGACUUUUCCCAAACUGAACGUCUUGUUGCAAAAAAAAAAAAUACAAAAAAAUAUAUAUAUAUCAAAGAAACAAAAAAAGCUAUCUGAAAGAACAAAUGGAGUGGGGGGGGUGCUUAUCAUAUUACCUGUACAGAGGAAUGAGAAAGGUCUUGUGAAGACAUUUUAAAUUAUCAGUGGCGACUUUGUGUUUUAAAAGAAAGGACAGUCAAAAUAUAGUGAUGUGUUUAAAGAGAGUUGCUUUUUUUAAAAAAAAGAAAGAAAAGAAAGAAGAAAAAGAAAAGAAAAUCACUGCAUCCUGGGAAGUGCAGAUUAUUGUGUAGUGGAGAUCAUUUUUAAUGGCAUUAUUGUUUUUAUCUGCAAUAUUUUUAUGAGCUUUAAGGUGUUUUCAGCCUGCUUUGCUUGUUUCAUUGCAAAAAAAAAUAAAAAAUCAAAAAUUAAAACCAGGAAAAAAAAAUACUGGCAGUGCAAAAGUACGUAGAUAGGAGCUUUUGAAUUAAAAUAAAGCAAAUGUGUGCAAAAAGCAAUAGUAAUAGGAAAUUGUUGACAAUUUCUUUAGUCUUUCUUAGCUGUGGAUCAAAUGCAGCCCAUGGAUGGCAUAUUUUAUACCAAAGAUGAAGAAACCCCGUAGAGACAGUGGAGUAGAUCACUUUUUUCUUUCUAAUUGAUUUUUUUUUUUUUGCCUUGUUGUUCUAGCCUCUGUGUCUCAGAAGUAUUUGUUUGACCUUGACGGCCAGACCGGUACUUAUAUUUAGGGUGGGUUCUAGGGUUAAACUUCCUUCCUCUGCUGCAGCUCUCACUCAGCCAAUCACUCAGACAGAGAGAGGGCAAUACUGCUAGAUCGCAUGCGUUGUAUUGAGUGUGGUGUCUCCCCCAGCAGAUGGCAUUAGAGAAGCUGUAAAAGAAAAGAAAAAAAAAAUAGAAGGGAAAGUGCUCGGACUCUCAGCUCUGUACAUCUCUGUUACAGCACCCACGGGUCACUGACUCAAUGUCUUUCAGUGUUACAUAUUCAACCCGUCUCUUCCGAUUUGCAGCUUUUCUGAAACAACAAGCUUUCAGGAAACGUUUUAAGGGUUUCAAGUCUUCAGUGUUACAAACAUGUCAUACCCUUUGCCAAAAUUCUUGUAGUCAUGUGUGUAUUUAAACUCUUUUGCAGUUUGCUACCUCAGUCUUAAGCAGUUCUAAUGCGAGGAAACAGGAAGCUAAAUGUGUAAAGGGAGCGGUAUAGUAUACAUACUGGGAGUGAACUACCUGAUAGGCAGCAUGAUAAAAAAUCAACAGAAUUCUUGUGCCAUAGUGGUUCCCAGAUGCGCUCAAGCAAAUGUCUUACUUUACAAAAUGUUCACGCUCAUGUCUGUUGAAAAGCUCAGUAAAUCAUUGAAAAACAAGGUGAUUUUGUUUCAACGUGGGAUCAGGUGGUUACUCCAGUGCCUUGUCAAAAAAAAGCAAUGAAGAGCUAAAUCUAAAUAAAAGUGAGACGUACCAGGCGAGACAUGCUAACUGUUCAGACUACAUAUGCUAGUUUUCACCUCAUUCUUAAGAAAGAAAAGGAAAUCGAAAUACAUACAGAAGGUGUCGCCUUGUUAAAAAAAAAAAAACAAAGAAAACAUUUAGCUGUUAUCCUUCCACUUCACUACUUCCUUCAACUAUUUCAUUGCUCGACAUGAAGUUUAAAUACACAUAGUGACAACUGCGCUGUUGGAAAAUGUGCUCUGGAUGCUACAAGUCUUUUAUUCGUAGCUUCACAGUUAUUCACUACUCCAUAAUGAUGCUGAUAAUUCAUGGAAGUCUUUUCAAGACCCCUUUAUUCUGAACCCAUAACUUGAGAUAUUUGCUGCACCGAUGCUAGUUGUUAAUCUGCAUGAAUAGUUUGUUGAGUCUCAUCUCUCAUCAUCGUCUCUUCACAUAGGGCAUCUCUGGGUGCUAACCAGUUUCCUCCUCAGCACGUACUGGCUAACAUCCUAUACAAAUGAGCCGCUACAGGUCAGGGUAUAAGCAAAACUGGUGACUCGUAGUGACGAUUGUUCGGUGUGUUCCCUUUUAUAUGUUGCUAAAGCAAACUGGUAGCUGCUGAUACCAUAGAAUUAGAUUUCUACUGCCAUGAAUGAAACAUUCUCUCACAGUGAUGUAAUUAAACUAUGUGGAUGCUGGGGUGUGGGUGUGGGGAGGGUUUUUUUGUGGGAAGGACAGGGACUUUUUUCUUUUUGUCUAUGAAAUAAUGAAUAUAAUGGAACAGGUGUGAUGAAUAGAAAACCCUCUCUGCCACGUGUCCUGAUGAAUAGGCUACAGUGUGUAACCGGUCAAGGAAAGCUCUGUUACAGAAUGGAGUUCGAGCUUGCUACACAUUUCCAUUUCUCUCAACGAAACAAAAUCUGUUUCUUUUUUUCUACUGUGGAACAUUAAUUUUUAUCAUGUAAUUGCUGCUAAAAAAGCAUUCAGUAUUGGAGGGCUACAGUGGCAGAUGGGAGGAGAUUAAAAGACUGACUGCUGCUUUGAUAAGGACCGCAGUGUUAGCAGAGCAGCUACAGUACAUUCACACCAUGGAAAGGGUCCAAAUGCCUUCUGUAUAUAUAUAUAACAGAGUAUAUACACUACAGGCACAGAGGGAGCUGCUCUAACAGUAGAACCUAACUCUCAUUUUGUUGCUGUGCUACAGCCUACAGUAAGUAAACUGUGCUCUUCCAUUCCUAAAGGGAUUUUCACACUGUAAGAAUUCAACAGCAAACCGAAAUAAACUGUUCAAAUCCUAGAUGACAUAAACACAAAUACUGUAACAGAAAGGGAAUAUUCAAUCAUCCCUAAUUUAAUCCCUGAACCUUAGUAAUUACUUGACUUUACAGGAACGAUGCCAAGUUGUUUAUUGCAAUGCAGAAUAAAUUAUUUAUUGGUCUCUUUGAUGGGUUUUACAGUGCAAAGAACUUGAAACCUUGAACCCUACAAACACUAUAUAUUUCAUCGGUUAAGAUUCCUGUGUUGUGUUUUCACAUCUAAUUGGCCGUCAAACAGAAUCCAGUAAGAAAGUUUACUGACCAAUCAAGAGCUGUGGCUUUAAAAACAGAGAAGGUCAUAUUGUGUAAGCACAGAAGCUAUUCACGUUGAUCUACCAAAUUCAGCCAAAACAGUGAAACCUCUGUGAGAAAUUAACUUAUUUGAAAGGAAACGGAAAACUAUUUAUGGAAAACUUUUAUAUCUGUAAGUGUGUUGAUGAAAAGAUUAUGGAAGUGAACCAGUUCUAGGAUGCUAUUUUUUUCCAUGCUGCACAUCCAUGCCUCCCGUGUGUUCGAGUAGUGAUCCUGAGAGUUUCUGUAAAUCAGUGGAUGUUGAGUUUAAACCUCUGUUUGUUAUUAUGAAUUAUUAUUUCAAUGAAGCUUUCAAUAAAAAAGGACAAAAUCUCAUUUGCA